GUGAUGUGUGCAGUUAAAAAUCGCAUCGUGAGUUAGCAGCCUAAACGGCUCUUAGUGUUUCGGCUUAUCUCUAAUAUUCAUAUUUAUUGUACCUACUGACAUGUUUUGCAGUAUCAGUCGCCACUGACACACCAAACUUGCAACACGUUAAAUUACAACGCACAAAAAUUACGUGAAUAAAGUUAGUGUACGAAAUACUUGUAUUACAAGAUAACAUAAAAAUGCAAAAUGAAAAUGGUGAGGCUGCAACACCUGCUAAACGGCCAUUGCUUGACCCAAACGUGAGCGGCAACGGGGCAACAGAACAAGUCGACCGGGACGCGAGACUGGUGAGAAUGUUCUGCGAAAGCUUGUUCUCCUACAAUAUUAUAGAUGAUAGAAGUUGGCAAAACUUUUUCAAAUAUGAAUUCCCAAAUUAUCAAAUGCCGUCUGUGAGAACGUUCUUAGCGAGACUCGUUCCGGCUCAGUACAAUAAAGAAAGAAACACAUUGAUAACCAUGUUGCAAUCUGUGAAACACCUCGCAGUCACAAUAAACCUUUGGAAGAUCGGAGUGACGGAGCGCAGGCGCGGCCGGAGCGUGUACAGUGUCACCAUACAUUUUAUACACAAAGGAAAGCUUAUCCACCAAUAUUUGUUCACAAAACCUAGCGUAAGAAACGACGAUAACAUAGUGACAAUAUUAAAAGAAGAGUUAACCCGAUGGAACGUCUAUAACAAGAUCGUGCUCUGUGUUGCUAGUCGCGCUAUAUCUGCAAAGCUUUACGGCUUACAUAAGAACUUCCACACAUGUGUAGCUAGCUCCAUACAAGUAAUUUUGAAACCGCUUUUUGACGAAAUAGAGAAAAGAAUACUAUCAAACCAGAACCCCCAGAAGAAGAAAGAUCCGUUUACUUGGCAUAGUCAAUACUUAAUGUUGAAAAAUAUUGCUGAAAGUGUAAAUGAUAUCAACGACGAGAAGAAGAUAUUUGAGGAAUACAUUAAACUUUUAAAACCGUUCGAAGAUCUCACAAAAAUGCUGUCUAUUGAGCAAUAUCAGAGUCUAUCGUACGUCAUCCCCAUCUUAGCUGGUUUAAAAUCACAAUUAAAUGAGUGCCCUCUUAGAACGGAUUUGGCAAUUCAAUGGAAGAAGGUACUUGUGCGAGAAGUAUCUUCUUUGUUCGAGGAAUCCGUCGUCAGCAAUAAACAUGUGGCAACAUUCUUGGAUCCCAGGUUUAAGGACGCAUUCUUCGUAGAUACAAACAUGGCAAAGUCUGUGCGAGAUAAGGUCAUUAACGAAAUAGAAGAUUAUGGUAGAUCCAGUUUAAAUAACAACAGUCAAGUCACUACAGACAUUCCCUCCACGUCUUCUGCACCAGAUCCUCAGAGAGCAGUUCCAGUAAAUUCAGUCAACCACACAGAGACAAAUGAAAACAGUUUGCUAAAGUAUUUAGACAGCAGGUUACUGGCUACACCCCUAACGAAUACUUUAUCUGCUGGAUUGAAGGUAGAACGAUAUAUCGACUUGGAUCGCUUAGGUCGAGGAGAAGAUCCUUAUAUGUAUUGGGAGCAGCUUGGAGAUAUACCUAAGUACAAAGAGUUGUUCGAUAUGUCACAGAAGUAUUUGUGCAUGCCUGCCACCGCGGUGCCGGUCGAAACAGUGUCUGGAGAGUACAUUUGGAAUCCGCACAUCAAAGUCGAUGAUUAUAAUGAUCGGAAAAAUUGCAUGGAAGCUGAAAAAUUUAAUGAAAUAUUAUUUUUGCACAGUUUUUACUCGAGAACUUCAGACAAUUAAAUGGAAUACACUGCCUCGUCCUCGAACAGUCGUGAUGAGUUAUUCGUAAGUGCUGAUCGUCUUUCUUGUCGGAGAUCUUUAAUAACUUAAAUAUUUUCACUAACCAUUCUAAAUAUAACAUUGCAUAGAUUUGUCUCAAUAACAUUUUAUAUUAAAAUUAAGAUAACGUAUAUGUAUGAUAAUCUUUCGCUCUAAAAUUACUGAGCAAGAUCGAAUACAAUCACAGCCUGUACUUAUAUGUACAUUCAUUCCUCUCAGUUAAUUCCGGCAUUUCUUUUAGAGUACUCAGAUAGCAAAUACCAGGUUUUGUUUUUAUAUAAUCCUGACUUGUAAAAGUGUUUUUAUGGUGUAGUUGCAAAUAAAUUAAUUGUUCAUUGUUUUAAUUAUAGUUUGAAAGAACAAAAGCCUUCUGCGAAAGAACUCCACAGUUUUAAUGAUAAUGUGACUGUUUAUAAAUAGGCUAAUGAUUUUUGACUGUGCUAACAUAGUGAUCAGAUAGCUAAAACUGUCUAUGACAUAUAAUAUUUAAAUAUUUAAUAAUAUUGUUUUUCUUUUGUAACUUUUUCAUAAUAUAAUUUAUUAUUAACAA